GUUAUCUUUCCAUUUGUUGUUUGUAAUUGCCAUUAAUGGUAGUUGUGGCUAAUGUAGUUUCAAGUUAUACUAUAGGACAUGUUUUUUGGCUUUUUUUGGUCGAAAGAGACGGCGGUUAAUCCAAUCUCGCGGUUCAUUUUUUAGUUUUGUUUUUCUCCGUUUUGUUUGAACUUUCUAACAGGCGUCAGGAAGAGUGAGAGCACGACUGCACGUUGUGAUUUUCGCGCAAUUUACCAUCGGAUUUCAAUUGAAUGUGCACUUAUGUGACCUUACAAAUCGUUGAGAUGUGUUAAUAUCCUUGAGUCACAGAUGUACCCACGCAGAUAAGCAGAGAAAUAACGUUGGAUUGUUGCAGAACUUCAAUAACAGUUUGGCUGGCUCAUAUGGGACUUAAAGAUGGAAAGCUACGCCAAAAAAAAUAUUAAAAAAACAACAGAUGGCCCUCUUCGAAGGUCAACGAGAUUGCAGAGUCAGGGCAAGCCGAACCCGAAUCUUGUUGCUGCAAAGAAAAAUGCACAACUAAAAAUGGGAAAUUCUAAGAAGCAACCUAUUUUUUCAUUUGUUGCUGACAUUUAUCAAGUGGCUAGGGAAUCCAAAGAACAUGUUUAUUCAGGCACUGGUUUAGUGUUCGACAACAAAAUGAUUGAGCACAAAUGCCUUUGGGAUGAGAAUUACCCUGAAUGCCCAGACCGUUUGACCAGCAUCAUUCACAGGUGUAAAGAAUUGGGAUUAGUUAACCGUUGUCAGAUUAUUGAAUCUUCUAAAGCAUCAGAUGCCGACAUAUUGACACUACAUUCAUCUAAACAGAUUGCCCUACUGAAAUCAACCCAAAACUGUAAUGAUAUCAACCAUUUAGAAAACAUAUCAGCCAAUUUUGACUCCAUUUUUAUACAUCCUAGUACUUAUGAAUGUAGUUUGAUAGCAGCUGGGAGUGCAGUCAAAUUAAUUGAUUCUAUUUGCAAUAAAAAUGUACAAAAUGGGAUGGCUUUGAUAAGGCCCCCAGGUCACCAUGCAAUGGUAAAUGAUUACUGCGGUUACUGUUUCUUUAACAAUGCCGCAUUAGCAGCAAAACAUGCCUUGAAUCAAGGGUUGCAACGAAUCUUGAUCGUCGAUUGGGAUGUUCAUCACGGCCAAGGGACGCAACAGAUGUUCUAUGAAGACCCAAGAGUGGUUUAUUUUUCAAUUCAUCGAUAUGAGUACGGUCUAUUUUGGCCAAAUCUGCGUGAAUCUGACUUUGACCACAUUGGAUCUGGGCCAGGGAGGGGCUUCAAUUUCAACAUCCCACUAAAUUCAACGGGGAUGACAGAUGCAGAUUAUUUAGCAAUUUUUCAUCAACUGCUCUUAAGAAUAGCUUAUGAGUUUCAACCUGAGCUUAUCCUUGUAUCAGCUGGAUAUGAUUCAGCAUUAGGAGAUGAAAAGGGUGAGAUGGAAUUAUCACCGGCUGUUUACGCACAUUUAAUCACCUCUUUAAUGGGGCUUGCCGGAGGAAAGGUAGCUGUCAUACUUGAGGGUGGAUACUGUAUAAGAUCACUUUCGGAAAGUGCAGCCCUUACGCUUAGGGCGCUUUUGGGCGAUCCAUGCCCCAAACUGCCAAGUGUUGGUUCUCCAUGCGAGAAUAUUCAAGAGACAAUACUUAAUGUUAUAUACAUACACCGAGAUUAUUGGAAAUGUUUUCGCUACCAUAAUGUUUGUAGCAUUCAUGAACCACCCGGAGAAGAGGAAGAAAGGCAUUUACCUGUUGUCAGAUAUGAAUAUGAUGAGCCAAAGCCAGAAAAAUAUCAAACAAGAAACUGCUACCCCAUCCAAACACAGGAAUUCAUUAAAUCUGUUAAUUUGAAACUAGAUGAUAUUAUUUUAAAAUGUCCGCUUUUAAGACCUGAACACCGAGUAUGCUUAGUAUAUGAUACAAAAAUGAUGGAACACAAAAAUUAUGAAGACCGGGACCAUAUUGAGAAGCCUGCUAGAAUCUCAUCAAUUUACAAGAUGCACGAAGAGUAUAGCCUUUUGCAACGAGUUCAUAUGAUAAAAGGAAGGUCAGCAACUGAUGAGGAGCUUUUGUAUGCACACAGCAAAGACCACAUACUAGAGAUGAAAGAGUUGGCUUACAUGACUGGCGAGCAACUAGUAAAAAAAAAAGAAAUUUACCACUCAGUUUAUUUCCACCAAUAUACAUACAAGGCAGCCUGUCUAGCAGCCGGAUGUUUACUUGAGGUCGUAGACAAUGUUUUGCGAGGUGAAAGUGCUACUGGAGUUGCAAUUAUCAGGCCUCCUGGUCAUCAUGCAGACAUUGACGAUCCUUGUGGAUUUUGCAUCUUCAACAAUGUUGCGAUUGCAGCUCACCACGCCAUAAAGAAAUAUGGUCUCAAAAGAGUUCUGAUUGUCGACUGGGAUGUUCAUCAUGGAAAUGGAACACAAGAGAUUUUCUUGGAAGAUUCAAAUGUGAUGUACAUGUCAAUUCAUCGUUUUGACAAUGGUGAAUUCUUUCCGCACACUGGAGAUGGAGCUGCUAUUCAAAUCGGUCGGGGAGAAGGACUUGGAUACACAGUAAACAUCCCUUGGAACAAGAGCAAAAUGGGAGAUGGCGAUUAUUGUGCUGCCUUUUUUCAAGUCAUCCUGCCCAUCGCAUACCAGUUUGAACCGGAACUUGUUCUUGUGUCAGCUGGAUUUGAUGCAGCUGUUGGUGAUCCUCUUGGAGGUUGUAAAGUAACCCCUGAAGCAUUUGGACACAUGACAUCAUGGCUUUUGCCUUUAGCAAAUGGUAGAAUAAUUCUUUCUCUAGAAGGCGGGUAUAACAUCAAUUCAAUUUCGUAUGCAAUGACUAUGUGCACCAAGGCUUUAUUGGGAGACCCACUUCCCAGCUUAAAAGAAGGACUAUCCCCAUGUGAAUCGGCAAUCGAAUCAAUAAAUGAAACGAUAAUUGCUCACUCUCCUUACUGGCCUGCCAUAAAAUUCAAUAAGUUUCUUCCGGUUGAACACGUGCUAACGCAGACAAAAAAGCUAAAAACGCCCCAAACUAAAGGGAGUUCAAAAAACAUGACACAGACGAACUGUGAGGUACAGUUGAUGAGAGGUUUGACAUUGAGCGAAGAAAAACUCACAGAUGGAAAUGAAGAUGAGAACAAGAGCAAAGAAGGAAGCGGUGGAGUGCCACCGCAGGAGUCUACAGCUUCGGCGUCAAAUAGUAACAGAGAUCCUAACAGGUCUCAGACCAUCACAGAGUUCUUUUGUGAUAACAUUCAGGCGUUGGUAAACGAAGAGAUGUAUGCAAUUGUACCUUUAAAAACAUGCCCGCAUUUACCCCAAAUCAAUGAUAUUCCAGAUCAGGGCCUUGACCACACAGCACCAUGUAUUAGUUGCAGAGACACAAAUGAAAAUUGGGUCUGCUUGACAUGUUACACAGUUCAAUGUGGACGAUAUAUCAAUGAACAUAUGUUAUAUCAUAACUUAAACUCUGAACACCCUCUCGCAUUAAGUUACUCUGACUUAUCUGUUUGGUGCUACCCUUGUCAGGCUUACAUAGACAAUCAGCUUCUGUAUCAAGCAAAGAAUGCAGCACAUAUAAGCAAGUUUGGAACCAAACUUGCAUGGAGCUAUAGGAAGGAUUGAAAAUCAGCUGAAUCAAUAUCAAAACCAAACAGUUAAUAAAAUGGCUUUUGGUACUUAAAAUUAAUUCAUUAUUUCAUAUACUUUAAAAAUUAUGGUUAAUACUUUAAUUUAAAUUUUACAAUUAAUUUGGAAUAUAAAUUUACUCCACAAUUUACUGUUAUUUUGAAUAUUAUAUCACACACUCCAAUUUCUCAUUUAUGUAGAAUUAUUUAUUAAUGUGUUAAAACGCUCUUAAUUACCUCUUUAGCUAGUCGAUAUAUUUUAUUAAAUGAGCCUGUAAUAUUUUUUAUUACAUUGGUUGGUUACUGUUGUAAAUUGUUCUAUUUUCUUGGAGAACAGGUACACUCUUUCACAUUCAAAAAAAAGGUGCAUAUUGAAAUAUUCUCUUUUUUUCAUACUACAUUUGUUACUUCAAGAUUGAUUUUUUAUUCUAUUUUUUGUCAUUAUUAUAAGAACUGGAGAAGGAAGAGUACAGCAAAUAAGUUUUAUAAAAAAAAAUAAUAAUAAUAAUAAAAAAUUCACUUCCUUGAAAAGAAUACAUUUAUUAUAAACACUUGGAGCAGAUAAAAAUAAAUUUAAUAGCCAGUGUUACCGCAUCCGUUUCGAAUCUCAGCCUCUAAUCUUCAUAGCAUACUUCUUAUUAAGUUUACAAUAACAUCUUGUAGGAUUUCCUCCCUUGCUUCAAUUAAUGCAGGUUUUAAUUCUCGCAAGGUGAUAGUUUUCUCGCUGUUGAACACUUCUUCCAAGUUCAUCCUAAAGAAGCUCUACUGGGUUUAGAUCAAGGCUCCAAGCUGACCAUCUUAAUGUCCGAAUGCCGAGUUCCUGAAGAAAUUGAACAACACAGUGGCAACAUGUGGUCUUGCAUUAUCGUGCAUUAAAAGGAAAUUUUUGCCAAUAAAGGAGACAUAUGGCAACACAUAGCACUAAAGAAUGUCUGUUACAUACAUGUGCAUUAAGUGACGGCCUGCUGAAGAUGUUUCAGUUCUUGCUCAAGAGAUAUUUCUACCCAUACCAUCACCAAGCCACCUCCGAAUUGCACCAUUUGAGUAGCAUUCACCAGGCCUUCAGUAGACUCUUUGAUGACUGUCUAGAGAUAACAGAGCAAAAUGGGAACUUAUCAGAAAACUUGCAUUUCUCCAAUCAUUCUCUGUCCCAUUCUGAUGUACUCUAGCGAAUUUCACACGGGCUCUUCAAUGAUUUUUCAUGAGAAGUGGUUCACUUGAUGGCCUCCUGGCUAAAUUUAAUUCUGCAAGCCUUCUUCGAACAGUCUCGGCAGAAAUGUUGAAUUGCAAGCAAUUCGAAGCUGGUGGGCUGUCUCACAAGCCAUAGAAUUGUGGUUUCGAAGAGUGUGCAUUAACAAAAAUCUAUCAUCCCUAGGUUCUGUUGUUCUCGGUUGUCCUGAUCCUGCCCUCUUAUGACAAGAAAACAAGUCUCCGAUACCGUUGGAUGGCUCUCCUUAAGGUUGUUUUGGGCAUCCUAAAACAUGCGCAGCGUACCGUUGACUUAACCCUCCUUCAACUAAUGCAAAAGCACGUACUACUUGCUCCUCAGAAAUAACUGUUUUUAAUAAAAUGUUAAAUAAAUUUAAAAUUAAAUGAUUAUUAACCUAAAUGGAUCACAACUAAACUGAGAUUUGUUUGUUUUGAAAUAAAAAACAUAAUUGAAACCUGUGUAAUAAAGGAUUAAACAGAUUAUUCCUCAUCGUAAACAAAACGACAAAUGAUAAUAUAAAAUAACAUUUUAUAAACACAAUAAAUGUAAAAUAUUUGCAAAAGAAAAAAUUAAAUCAAAAAACUAUGUGCACCACUUUUUCUGUGAAGAAGUGUAUUUUUAUUUUCUUGGAGAACAGAAAUUCUAUUUUAUAUUAUACAAUAAUACAAACAGUACAGCAGUAUUAUUAAAAUGUCCGUUUUAUUAACGGAAUUAACAGGUUAUUCUUUCUUUUUGAAAAUUCUGUGUAUAAUUUAGUUUUUUAAAAAAAAUAUAGUAGUAAUAUUAGAAAUAAUUAUGAACAUGAAACUCAUUAUAUAAAACACUAAAAGAAAUACCUAAAAUGUUUAUUUGAUGAACCUAGUUAUGUUAACCUUGAAGAUGUUUAACUAUAUAUUUUUGUAAUAAAAUGUAUAUUACACAUCUGUAAUGUCUUUCUGUAGGUGACCUAUUUUUCAUUAAGUUUAAGGUUGACAAUGAAUAAUUUUACAGUGCAUGAAUAUCAAGAUAACUAAUCAAAGAAGUUUUGUUAACUGUUAAUAUGUUAUACAGAUUUUCUAGGAUAUUUGUACGAAUAUAUGUUCAAAUAUAUAUAAAAAUACGAUGUUAAUGUCUGUGAUGUAGGAAACGUGAUUUGUUUAAAAAAGGGAACUACAAAAGGUUUUAAGUUUGUAAAUGAACAAUGAAAUAAUAAAAAUUUAAUCCACA